AUGAAGAAUAGUGCGGAGCUUCGCUCACUCAGCGGCGGUCUCGCCGAGAUCCAUGAUACCCUUGGGGCAGUUUGCCCGCACCCUCCGCCCGACUUCCCCCCUCCCACGUCUGUCCCUGCUGUCCCGGACGAGGUCGCCGACCACCUCAACGCGCUCGCCGACCACCUCAACGCGCUCGCCGACCACCUCAACGCGCUCGCCGACCACCUCAACGCGCUCGCCGACCACCUCAACGCGCUCGCCGACCACCUCAACGCACUCGCCGACCACCUCAACACGCUCGCCGACCACCUCAACACGCUCGCCAAACAGCUCGAGAUGGCGCUCGAGCUCUCGCGCUCCCUCGAAGCCCAGCACACCACCACCCAGCCCACGAUCUCCGUCCCCGAGUCCAAAGUCGCCCCACUCGAGAGCCUCGCCCAAGACACGCAAACACGAGUCCGUUCUCGGGUCGAGGUCGCCGACUCGACGACUCGUCCAAGCGUCCGAGAGGCGAGGAAGAAGGAGUGCGAGCCGCUCACCCCGAUGUUCGCGGAGUGGAAGAAGAUCGACUAG